AUGGCGAAUGUUUUGCAUCAUCGGCAUCAGUCUAUGGGGUCUGCUUAUUACAUGCUUGAAAGUCUCAAAAAGAUGUUCGGUGAGAAAAAUCGUGUGGCUAAGCAGACAUCCAUGAAAGCCCUUUUGAAUAUUAAGAUGGCUGAAGGAUCAUCAAUUAUAGACCAUGUUCUGAAGAUAAUGGAUCUUCUGAAUGAACUGGAAGUCCUUGAAGCUGUGAUUUAUAAGAAAUCUCAAGUUGAGAUGCAAGCUCCAGUUGUGGAGCUGAACUUUGAGAAAGCUUCGGUUUCUAAGCCGAGAGGCGAUAAGAAAAAGAAAAGGCUUGCAAGGUUUUGGCACCUGGAAGUGCAGUUGCGGUAUGAAAAAGCCCAAAGGAAAGUGCUAUCAUUGCAAGCAACUAGGGACAAUGCCCUGCCUAUCUGGCAAAGUUGA